AGCUCAUCACCAUCAUCACCGUCUCCAUUGGCUGGUGUAUUUGAGAGAACUUACUCGGUCGCACGAAUUGCAUCGAAAUCGGUCGCUUCAUCCAGCGCUGCAGUUCAAGUUCAGCAAUCGUUACUUCCAAACGACUGAAGUGAAACUUUACCAGAGCUCAAGCUCGUACAAUUGCGCGCUGCAACGUCCACUUGCAGAAUACCCGCUUCGUCAUAAGCGCUUGAGUCAAAUUCAUCAACUUGCAGACCUCGAAAAUUCUCAGUCCUCUGUCAAUCCCUCGCCGGACCUUUUGGACAAGAAACCGUCUGCGGACUUAACCACCUCGUUCGUGGAUUCAAACGCGACUUUUGAUAUAGCGAGAGAAGAGACAAGGAAAAACCGAAAGCACAGCAUAAGAAAAUACCCGUAUCGCCCGCGGAAACAAAUUCUCCGAAAAACCGUUUUCAAAGUUUAAAGACAUACGUCAAGAUGAAGCUCGUUAGAUUUCUCAUGAAAUGCGCCAACGAGACGGUGACUAUUGAAUUGAAGAAUGGAACCAUUCUUCACGGCACCAUCGCCUCGGUCACCCCUCAGAUGAACACUGCCCUGCGUGCCGUCAAAAUGACACCCAAGGGUCGCGACCCCAUCUCGCUCGACACCAUCAACGUCCGCGGCUCCACCAUCCGGUACUAUAUACUACCGGACUCGCUCCCUCUCGAUACGCUGCUUAUCGACGACGCGCCCAAGCCUAAGAACAAGGCGCGCAAAGAAGCCGAGCGAGGCGGCGGCGGCGUCGGCGGCGGCCCCCGUGGCGGUCGGGGCGGACCUCGUGGUCGCGGAAGAGGCAGAGGACGAGGACGCGGUGGAAGAGGAUUCUAAGCCUGUUACUUUUCAACUCCUUGAUUGAUGUUGCUGUACCCCUUUUCCUUUUUAUCACAUCUCUUUAUCACACCUUUUCACCUUUCCAUCUCCGCCGUAUCGCAUCAUCCUCACCCCUCACUUCCCUUGGCUCCAGGAAUUCCUUCUGGCUUGUUCGCUUUUCGCCUCGUCGAGCGACUAGUUUAUCUACGUCAUUUCUCUUUCCUCCAUUUUCAUUUUUUUCUUUGUCUUUUCCUUCUCUUUUUUUUU